AUGGACCUUCAGGAGACCCAGAAACUCACGCUCGAAUACCUUCACAUCCUAGCUGAUCAAUUCCAGCGCGUUCCCGGCUCAGCUAUAUUCGUUCGUUAUAUCAAGUCGAGCUACCAGAAUGAUCCCGUCCGUUCAGCGGUGGAGCUGUUUCUUUUCCUGUUUGCCGUGAGAUAUCUUCUCGCGCCAAAGUAUUCAACUAAGCGUGAUUUUGUCCCUCUGUCGGAGGAGGAAAUCGAUGAUUUAGUAGACGACUGGACUCCUGAGCCACUUGUCUCUGCCCCGACAGUGCAGGACGAAGAGGAUGUUGACAAGCGGGUGGUGCUUACUGGGGCUACUGGUCCAAAAUCUAAGCUCGUCAACGGCCGAACUGUCACCAACCUUGGAUCUUAUAAUUUCUACAACUUCGUUGCAAAUGAUACCUUGAAAGAUAAAGCUAUCCAGACAGUCCGGACAUACGGGGUUGGACCUUGUGGGCCUCCUGGAUUCUACGGCACACAGGAUGUCCAUAUGCGGACCGAGGCGGAUGUUGCGACGUUCCUAGGCACACCAGCAUGCAUUAUUUAUUCUCAGGCAUUCUCGACGAUCUCCAGUGUGAUUCCAGCGUUUUCGAAGCGUGGCGAUAUUAUUGUCGUUGACAAGGGGGUUAACCACGCCAUUCGCAAAGGUAUCCAGAUUUCGAGAAGUACGGUUAGAUGGUUUGAGCAUAAUGAUAUGGAUGACUUGGAACGUGUCUUGAGCAAGAUCACGAAGGAACAGGCAAAGAAACCUUUGACAAGAAGGUUUAUCAUCACAGAGGGAUUGUUUCAGGACAAAGGCGACAUGUGUGAUUUGCCUAAGAUCGUUGAGCUCAAACUUCGAUACAAGUUUAGACUCAUUCUCGAUGAGAGCGUUUCGUUUGGCGUACUUGGCCGAACUGGCCGUGGAAUUACUGAACACCAAAAUGUCGACCCGGCAGAGGCUGAUAUGAUCAUUGGAUCACUGUCUGGGGCAUUCAUCGGUGGCGGUGGAUUCUGCGCUGGAUCUAAAGAAAUUGUCAACCACCAACGGAUAUCGGCUUCCGCUUACUGUUAUUCAGCUGCCCUGACAGCUCUAUUAGCCACGACAGCGAGCGAGACCAUAGCCCUCCUGCACAAUAGCCCUGAGCUUAUCUCUCAGCUUCGAGAGAACAUAAAGACCAUGUGGACUCAGCUCGAUCCUCGCAGCGACUGGGUAUACUGCACCAGUGCGCCAGAGAAUCCGGUAAUGAUGCUUGUGUUGAAGCCUGAGGUUGUCUCGUCGAAACGACUCUCCAUUGAGGAUCAGCACCACAUCCUGCAAGACAUUGUCGACGAGACGCUUGCCAAUGGUGUACUGAUUACCCGACUUAAGCCCGUUCCAGACGAGACGGCCUCGAAGCAGACAUAUGUUCCUCCAGCUCCUGCUCUCAAGGUCUGCCUUACCACCGGGUUGUCCAAGAAGGAGACGGAGAAGGCCGGCAUCAUCAUCCGUCACGCCAUCACGAAGAUUCUUCGACAGAAGCGAUGA